AUGAGAUUCGUGUGGUCGAUCAACCUCGAGAUUUGUGCUCUGAUGCAGCGUCACGAAUUCGUCUCAUCGCCAGAUGAAUCGAAGAGGUUUGCACCUUGGCUUCGUCGAUGGCCGCUUGCAGCUUGGACCGGGCUUGCUGCAAGAGCCAAGAGUCUGCUUUACGAGUUUUUCGUCCAGGUGGCGGUGUCAGAAGCUCGAUCAAAGCAUGAAGCGGAGGCUGGAAGAAAAGAUAGCCCUGGUUGCCGAACGAGGAGGAAAGAGCGACUCCUGCAAGAUCUGGAUAUUCGAGGCAAAGUUGAAUCGCUUUCAAAAAGCCUUGCCUUGGUACUUACAAUGGAACCUGGCAAAUUGUUGAGGACCCAGCCGAAGGCAGCAAGAGCAGUGGCAGCCCAAGCCGGACAAGGCAAGAUGAACAGGGAGUCGGACUUGGUUCCUUGCUUGAUGAGCUUCUUCCACGGGUUGCCACCUUCCUUCCCUCCGGAGUGA